AUGAAUGCUGCAAGAGGUGCCUGGCAGCGGGGCGGUGACACAGGUAUGGCAGACCUCAGCACGACCUGGGAGCGGGAGUUGUUGGAACAAUUCUCCUGCCUGACUGCCGCCUCAGACGAAGAGAUCCAUCCACUGGAAGUUACUAGUGAAAGCAGCGACAACAGAACGAGUUUGUUGCAUUUAAGUGACGAGGUCCUGCUUGUUAUUUUGAGGAACUUGGAUCCGGUGUCGCUGCUGAGGCUCGGCAGCACCUGCAGUUCAUUGUUCCGAGUUUGUUCCUGCAACUCUCUGUGGACGCUACACUUCCAGGAUUCGUUCAGGGUCAGUCUGUCAUAUACCCACGCCAGGUGUCCUGUGAUGGCCAAAACUGCCUUUCGCUUGGUUUUUAUGUGGAGGUCCCUCUUUAGAAAUAUCCAUUGUAACCCCGCACUUCAGGAGAAGCUCUUUGUGGAGAUCCAACUCACGCCACACAAGUACUGGAUCCAGUGGCUUGUGCUGGAGGAGAGCGUUCCCUUACCCUCAGUGCGACUUCCCUGCUGCGAUGUUGAGAAAUUAUGGGGCAUCACCAGAGAUUUGUUCCAGGACAAAUUCAAAGAGAAAACUGAAGAUUGUGGUACCAUAAAGUUUGAAUGGAGGGAACUCUAUAAUUUUGCUUUGGAACACCAUGGUAGCAUCUCACAGGUCUUCCAACAUGUUCUUGGCCAACACCAAAACAUCGACCAUGCAGAUUUGGAGUCCAUGUACCACCAAUACAUCCAGUGCAGGUUCCAAUGGCUCUUCACUUACUGGUUGUUUCAUCAGCCGGCUCCAUACAACAAACAGCUGCGAUCCAUUUUCCUGCAAUGGAAGAAGCACAACAAGAGAAAGGUGGCCACCUGGGGCGAAACCCUGUGCGACGUGAGGUACCUGGCAUCCCUACACCCCAUCACCAAAGACUACUGGAGAGGGAGAUUGGCCCGGGGAGAUGAGAGUGUGGGGAUUCAGAUGGUUGAAAACUACUUCUCCAUGUGUAAGUCUUUGUUGGCCUGGAUUUUGGUCCGUGACUGGGGCCGACUGAAGCGAAGAAAGGUUUAUGAAGACACACUGGAUGGCGUCUAUCUUCUGCUGAGACGGGAGAUGCAGGAGACUCUCAUCGAGCACGAACGCUUCUGUCAGGUUGCCAAAGUACAGCUGACCCGCGUCUGCACACUGGAGGAGACGGCCGCAAAUUAUGUCAACUGGAAAAUGAUUGAUACGCUCCCCUACUACAAGCUGUAUCUGUUGUCUGGUAAUGCCGUGUACCUGGGUCAUGUGAAGGGUUUCUUGCGUAGGAAGCGUCUGAUCCGUGAUUGGAUUUACCAGGAGGAAAACACCUGGUCCAGACAGCUGCUCCCUGACCAACUCUACAUGCUACUAGAGUUUGACACCAAAAUCUCGCAAGAGAGCUUACAUGGGGAUUCGGUGACCGCUCAGUUGAGUCGGCUCAUGUGGCUGUACCUGAACUCUGGUCAGGAGCUCUAUCUGGAGGCGGUACAGGGAAUGGUUUUACAGUGUGCUCGGGCCAGACUGAACCAUCUCUCUACACUACCAGCCUGUGAACUGCGUGGCCUAGGCCUGUUGCACUGA